GGCCCAUUUCAUAUCCAAACUCCUAAACCCUACUCGUUCGUCUCUUCCCUCUCUCUCUCUCUCUCUCUCUAAAAUGUCGUCGAGACCUGAGCUUCAAGCACCACCGGAAAUAUUCUACGACGAUGUGGAGGCUCGCAAAUACACUUCCUCCUCUCGCAUCAUCGAAAUUCAGGCAAAUCUGUCAGAGAGAGCUUUAGAGCUUCUUGCUCUACCUGAUGAUGGAGUGCCCAGAUUGCUCCUUGACAUUGGUUGUGGGUCAGGACUUAGUGGUGAGACUCUCUCAGAGAAUGGACACCAGUGGGUUGGGUUAGAUAUUUCACAGUCAAUGCUUGAUAUUGCAUUGGAGCGAGAGGUAGAGGGUGACCUUUUACUCGGUGACAUGGGUCAGGGCUUAGGACUUCGUCCUGGGGUCAUAGAUGGGGCCAUCAGUAUCUCUGCUGUUCAGUGGUUAUGCAACGCUGACAAGUCCUCUCAUGUUCCAAAAUUAAGAUUGAAGGCUUUCUUUGGGUCAUUAUACAGAUGCUUAGCCAGGGGAGGAAGAGCAGUGUUACAAGUUUAUCCUGAAAAUAUACAACAGCGUGAAUUGAUUUUGCGUUCUGCAAUGCAUGUUGGAUUUUCUGGUGGUGUGGUUGUGGAUUACCCACACAGUUCUAAGAAAAGAAAAGAAUACCUUGUCCUUACAUGUGGUCCUCCAUCUGUAAGCACAUCUGUUCCAACGGGAAAGGGUGAAGAUGGGGAGAGUUCCUCUGACGAUGAGAGUAGUGGUGAUGAAGAAAAUCAAACAGUCUGCAUCUCUGAUAGACACAGACCCAAGAAAAAGCAGAAAAUAACCAAGAAAGGAAGGGGAAGAGAUUGGGUAUUGAAGAAGAAGGAACAGAGGAGAAGAAGAGGAGAUGAUGUGCCUCCAGAUACAAAAUAUACAGCUCGAAAAAGAAAGGCUCGCUUCUGAUCUGUUACACCAAGCUAAAGUGUGUUUGUUAUGGGGUGUAUUGAGUGCUUGCAUAUGUAAGUCGAUAUAGUGUUUACUGAGGCAUUGUCUGUUCCUGUCCAUGCUCUUUUAAACCCUCAUUAAUUGUCAGAUGUAUCUCGCGGUCUCUAUUAGUGAAGAAAUUUUUUGUUUGCAUUAGAAUGAAAUCUGAUGGUAAAUGUGAUUCUUAUAGUCAUCAGGAGCUGUGUAGAACAAUGGAAAAUUUUGGAUUUUGAGACGAGUUUUCUUGUUGGAUUUUGAGAUA